AUGCAUUUCCAUGAUUUCCUCUCAAAAGCUGGCUUUGUUGACAAUUACAUAAGUUUAUGUACAAAUGCGGAUGUACCCGUUAAGGCAAAAGUCACAUGUAACGUCACGUUGAGCGUUGAAGAGCAACAUUUACUCUCCAACGCUCUUCCAAAACACGGGCAGUAUCUGGAUACCGCCCGUGUUUUGUCUGCUUUUAUGUCCCCUACACAUAACCAGCUCGACUUCCCACUCGCCAGGGCGCGGGACGACCACCGCCAAGAUCUCGUCGCAUCAAGAUUAAACACUGCCCAGAUCUCGACGCAUCGACACACGAGAAGGACAGGUUUUGGACAUUGGUUGGGCGGACACGAGCAGGGACUUACUAAUGGCACUCUGGCCGUUGAUGCACUGACCACCCCACCCCAUUUCUAUCUGCCAUCAGCUAAUGUGCUGCUUGAUGUGCGCGAGUCACUCGGCAUGUGCGCGUAUGCACAUCACCCACCAUUCGGCUCCAUCCCCAUCGCAAACAGUGCGGGUACUACCGCCGUUUUUGCCCCUCGAUCGCAUUUCCAUAGCCAACAACGUAGCCGCACAUCAAACUGCGUGUGCACGCAUGGUUGA